AUGGCUGUCGCUCUCUGCGCAAGAAUCGCAGAUUCGCUCGCUAAGCGAUUUACCACCCUGCUCUCAGCUUCCACAAGCAGCAUCUGCAUGCGUUUAGAGUACAUGAGCACGGCAAUCCCGGUUGGCGAAGACCAUGGCUCAGCCAACGAGCCUCCAGACCCCUCGUGUCUCCCUCUGGUACCACUUAUGGGAAGCCCGUCAAAAGCUGAACACGAACCCGAGGCCUCGCACCCGGGUCCAACGCCCGCAAGCGCCGCUUUCUGUAGGAUGCUUCUAGGUAGUUCCCAAAGGGUCAUGCCUGUUCCUUCAAACGUCGCGUUCGCUUUUGCUGAGGCGGGGUCAGGAAUCUUUCAGGCAUACGAAACCUCCCACCUUGCACUGUCCCUCGCAAACAUUUUAAUCAUCUUUCUCACGUCCGACCAGGAUGGUCAAGACAGGCAGAAGGAUCACUUCCUCCCUGUCGCAUUUCGCACAAUACUCCCCAAUCUGUCAGUUACGCGGGCCGUAGCCGUCCGGAACCAAUCUCCAUCGUCAUCCACCCGCGGCUUGUCUUGUCUGACACACGACAAGGGACCUUGGACCCCAUGCAUCCAACCAAACGCCAGCGGGGUGCACACCGAAGGAACAAGGGAAGUCAAAUAUCACGUAUUCAGGCAUGCAAGCGAGAGAGGGGACCAAUUGCCCGCCUAA